ACUUAAAGGCUCUUACAGCCGCCCCCCCUUGCCUGUCCCUUGAAGAGCAGCAUGACUUCCAGUAAAACAUAGAAGAGGGUCCAUCUCUGGGCACCAGGAAGCCACACAGCUCUUCUGACUCCUUGCCUGGGAUUCCUUCUGAAUGUGGAAUCAGCUGGGGGGGUGCAUUUGAGGCAGUCUUGGGAACUUCCAGCUGAUUCCAGCUGUUUUUUGUUAACAACUAGAGCUGAGUAGUUGCUGCAGGUUCUGGGAAUUAGGAAGAAAGAUCAGUUUCAGUUCAAUACAGAACAGUGAUGGGAUUCAAAUAUGUGAACAACCGGUUCUCUGUGUGGAUGCUGCUUCCAGAAGUCCAUUCUGGGCCUGGGCAACAAAAAAAUUAUCCCACCAAUGAUACAGAAUAACAUUCAAGAUCAAAGCAACUUUUAAACAAUAAUAGACCUGGUCCCAUCUCUGUUAUUUUUUUUAAAGAGAACUUGCUUUGAUUUUGAAUACUAUUUGUUUUGAAUUAUUGCUGAACUUAUUUCCUUCAAAGGAAAACAAGGAAGUCCAGUUGUCUCCUGAAAAAGCUCCUUUGGGAUUUCCUUCAGAUAUUGGAAAAAGACGCAGUUUGUGGUUUGGUUGCUCUGCCUCUUCAAUUAAAUGCAACUAAUUAAUUGAAUUGCUUAGUUAGAAGGCAAGUCAUUAAUGGACAAAAUAGCCUUUCAUUGCCUGUUAAAUAUAGUUGUCAAAAGGAUUGGAUCUUCUGCAAAUCCAGAGAGGUGGCUGGCUGUGAUUACUGUUACAGUAAAAGGUCACAAUGAUCUGCCUUGGCAGUUGCUGACAAAAUUCAACAACCAGCUGUCUUUAAAGUCAGCCAAUUUGCACGAGCUGCAAGACACUCAUACCAAUAUUCAGAAGCUGCGUCUUGGACAUGUAGGAGCACAGUUCUGGGCAGCCUAUGUGCCCUGCGACACCCAAAACAAAGAUGCAGUGAAGCAAACUCUGGAGCAGAUUGACGUCAUCCAUCGGAUGUGCCACCAAUAUCCAGAUGCCUUCAACUGUGUUACCAACACUGCAGGCAUCCGGGAGACUUUGGGCACUCAACGCGUGGCCAGCCUCAUCGGCGUGGAGGGGGGCCAUUCCAUUGACAGCAGCUUGGCCGUCCUGCGCACCUUCUACCUGCUGGGUGUGCGCUACAUGACCCUCACCCACAGCUGCAACACUCCCUGGGCUGAUAACUGGCUGGUAGAUACAACUGAAGGGCAGCCUGUUCACCAUGGCUUGACGGAAUUUGGGAAGCGUGUGGUCCAUGAGAUGAACCGCCUGGGCAUGAUGGUGGAUUUGUCCCAUGUUUCUGUGGAGACGAUGAAGGCGGCCUUAAAGAUCUCCAGGGCCCCCGUGAUAUUCAGCCACUCCUCGGCCUAUGCAAUCUGCCCAAGCAGACGGAAUGUACCAGAUGACGUGCUCCGCCAAGUGAAUGAGACACGCAGCCUUGUAAUGGUCAACUUCUACAAUGACUACAUCUCCUGCAGCAGCCAUGCCACUCUGAUCCAGGUAGCAGACCACAUGGACUAUAUAAAGCGCAUUGCUGGACCAAAGGCUGUUGGAAUUGGAGGAGACUAUGAUGGGGUGCCCAGAGUCCCUCAAGGCUUAGAGGAUGUCUCCAAAUACCCAGACUUAAUUGCCGAACUGUUGAGGAGGAAAUGGACAGAAGAGGAAGUGAAGGAUGCUCUGGCCAACAACCUCUUGCGGGUCCUAGAAGAAGUGGAGCAGGUGCAGAAAGAGAUGGCUCGUGAAGGAAUUGCCCCCGAUGACACACCCAUUGCCUUCCAGGAAUUGGAAGGAGGAUGCCGAACGCGCCAUGGGUACUCCAACCAAGGACACCACCCAAGAGCUUUGCCUGCUAUGUUCUUGCUACUAUUGCUCUCCACAUUGAUCUAAUAGAAGCCCCAGGAUCUCCUUCCUUGUGGACUGAGUGGAUCCUGCUGGAUUAGGAUUUUUACAUCCAACUACUAUCGCGUUCCAAAUUUUGCCCAAACCUUGGAAUGCUCCCUUAUUACCUCCAUUAAUUUCUGGCCAGUUACCAAAAUACCAUUACUGCCUCAAACACAGCUCGUUCCUAAUGUGGACAUCAGAGGCAAGCAAAAUCCUGCUUUGAACUUUUCAAGGUACUUGCUAGUUGCCUUUUUUGCUUUGCAGAUACUGGGAGCGUACUUAAUGCCGGACAUGUAUGGUGCAACAUAUUGUACCACUUAGGUACUUCUUGGGUUUGCCUGGUUCUUUUUUCCCACCUUGUGAAGAACAGAGAUUAUAGCAGAAGGGAUGACAGAGUAAGCAGGCACACAAUGGGGAAUAUAAAUAAAAAACAACACAGUGACACCAGCA